UUAGUUGCUGGACCAUUCGAACCGAUUACAGUCGCAUCUCGGCACUCCAAGGCCCAACAUCGUGAAAUUCUUCUUCAUCUUGUUCCUCAUAAGUCGCGAGUGCUGAAUACGCUACUUUAGUCAUUUUUGCUAAGUUUUUCUCUAAGUGGUAGUUUGACUUUUUCGAAAGACAUGUGUAAGUGAAGGGGGCCGUGUACAGUUCGGGGUAGGAGAUUUCUCGAAUAUUUUUGUUCCCAAAACCGAAGAAGGCUCCUUGGGAGCCGAUAACAACCUAGGAAAUGAAGUUAGGGGAAUACGUUUUAGCUAUAUGGUUCUUAGCAGUUAGCACAGAAGCUAGCAGACUUAGACAUCAAGAAAAUCAGGGACAUAAUUCAACGGAACCACAGCACCAUUUACCACCUGGAGGACCAAACGUAUGUCGAUCACGAACGAGGAGUUACUGUUGUCCAGGAUGGCAAAGGCACAACGUCAUAGGACUUUGUAUAUUACCCGUUUGUUCGAGAAGUUGUGGAUACGGUCAGUGUGUUUCACCUAACGUAUGUCUAUGCGAAGGAGGCCAAAGAUCUUCUACGUGUGGGCCUGGUAACAAGCAAAUACAAGGUCUCGAUGGGAAGUCUUGUAGAGCGAUCUGUAUGAACGGCGGAUCAUGUAUUGAUGGAAAGUGCGUCUGUUCAGCCGGUUAUAGUGGAGAAUUCUGCACAGAACCUAUUUGUGAAGAACAGUGCAAAAAUGGCGGUAGAUGUAUUGGACCUGACAGAUGUGCUUGCUUUUACGGGUUCUCUGGAAAUCACUGUGAAAUAGAUUACAGGACGGGACCAUGCUAUACUGGAUACAGAGGAAAUCUUUGCGUGAAUCAACUGGAAGGAGUAGUCUGCACCAAGACGUUAUGCUGCGCCACGGUAGGAAAAGCAUGGGGACAUCCUUGUCAACAUUGUCCAUCCCGGUUAGACUGUGAAACUGGUUAUUUGAAAAACCUCAAAACUGGAGAGUGUGUAGAUAUAAAUGAAUGCGAAGCAAUUCCUCAUCUUUGUCAAGGCGGUACUUGCGUCAACUCAGUGGGCUCUUUUACUUGUGAAUGUCCAGCAGGUCAAACCAGGAAUCCUGCUACAAACAGUUGCGAAGACAAAAAUGAAUGCGAAGAGGAAGACGUGUGUCAAGAUGGAAGAUGUAUCAACACCAACGGUGGGUUUAUCUGUCUUUGUAAUCCUGGAUUUAUUCAAAGUCAAGAUAAGACGUACUGUAUUGAUGGUCGUCAAGGCCUGUGUUACACCCAAAGAUCUCCACAAGGACGCUGUAGUAAUAACCUACAGUUCAGACUAUCAAAAAAGGACUGUUGUUGCGGUGUUAAUAUGGGUCAAGGAUGGGCAAUGUACACUGGAGAAGAGUGUGCACCGUGUCCCGAAUACGGAGAAGAUGAACAUCGUCGACUGUGUGAAGCUCAUCCUACACAUCCUCUACAACCAGGCGGUGCUACGAUCGACAUAACACCAGGAGUGAUACCAGGAAGUAACCAAGUAGGACAAAUUAGUGUGAACGAGUGUAUUCUAAGACCUGAUAUUUGCGGACAAGGAAAAUGUGUGGAUACUGUUCAAGGAUAUGAUUGUCUGUGUGAUCCUGGCUACAGGCUAAAUCACCACAAUAUUUGUGAAGAUAUCGACGAAUGCAGAGAAGGUAAAUGCAUCAACGGCCGUUGCACAAACCUCCCAGGAAGCUUUUCUUGUCUUUGUCCACCAGGAUUCGAUGUUACUCCAGACGGUACCAUGUGCACAGACCACGAUGAAUGUUCCGAAAUUGGAAUGUGCACCAAUGGUAUUUGCAUCAAUAUGGACGGUAGCUUCAAGUGUCAGUGUAAGCCAGGGUUCAAGUUGUCUCCAACUGGAUACGCUUGUAUUGAUAUUGAUGAAUGUUACGAGAAUCCUAGAAUAUGUCUUAAUGGUCGAUGUCAAAAUACACCAGGAUCAUAUGAAUGUGCAUGUCUGUCAGGCUUUGUUGAAUCCAGUGACAAUACUUUCUGUAUUGAUCUAGAUGAAUGCUCAACUACAGGUAUGUGUGAUCAUGGCAAAUGUAUCAACAUGGAAGGUUCCUUCAGGUGCGUUUGUGAUCCGGGUUACCGUCUUGGUGCAGAUGGCAAACAUUGUGCUGAUAUUGACGAAUGUAUUAACAAUCCUUGCCAGUUUGGCAACUGCUACAAUACACCGGGUAGCUUUAGAUGUGAAUGUCAUCUUGGAUUCAGUUUAGGUCCUGACGGAAGAUCUUGUUUGGAUAUUCGAAGAGAUCUGUGCUAUCAGGAAUACAGAGAUGGACUAUGUUUUAAUCCAUCCACUACUGCUGUUACUAAGUCGAGUUGUUGCUGCUGUACUAUUAUUUCUGGAAAACCUAUGGGUUGGGGUACAACCUGUCAACCUUGUCCGAUGCCAGGAACUACAGACUUCGAUCUCUUGUGUCCUCAUGGUCCAGGUUCCACUUUUGAUGGUAACGAUAUCAAUGAAUGCGCCCAAAAUCCAAACAUUUGCCAAAAUGGAGCCUGUGAAAAUAUGAUAGGAACCUACAGGUGUAUCUGUAAUCCAGGAUUUGAAGUGGAUGAGACCGGGAAAAUAUGUACGGAUAUAAAUGAGUGCGAAGUAGAAGAGUUGGUGUGCAGCGGGGGACAAUGCAGGAACACACCUGGCAGCUUCCAGUGCAUCUGCCCUACAGGAACACAGAUGAAUCCGAAGAAUUUCGUUUGUGAAGACAUCGACGAGUGCCGAGAGUUAGGACCAGAGGCUUGCUUCAAUGGAGAAUGCGUUAAUGUCCAUGGAUCUUAUAAAUGUGAAUGUGAUCCCGGAUCUGUGUUGGAUAAUACUGGAAGAAUAUGUAUAGAUAAUCGCAAGGGAUCCUGUUGGACAACCUUGAACAGAGGCCGAUGUGAAAACGACUUGCCCCAGCUAAGCAGAAGAUCUGAAUGCUGUUGCUCCGUGGGAGUUGCCUGGGGAUCCCCUUGCGAAAGAUGUAACAGGAACGAAUGUGACUGCCCCAAGGGAUACGCUAAGACUGACGGAAAGACUUGUACCGACAUCAACGAGUGUGAUCUCAAUCCAGACAUUUGCAGAGGUGGUGGUACUUGCGUUAAUACCGAUGGUAGCUUUACUUGUUCAUGUCCACCUGGUUUAACUUUGGAUGAAACUAGAACCAAAUGUCUAGACAUCCGCCAAGAACAAUGCUACACGAAAUACCAACACGGAAAAUGCGUAUCACCAAUUGAUGGUUUCUUCCACAAGAACCUCUGCUGUUGCUCUCAGAUCGGUAAGGCUUGGGGUGACCGUUGUGAUGCCUGCCCAAGACCAGGAACGUCGGCAUUUAACGAGCUAUGUCCGAAAGGAUUGGGAUUUUUGGAUAAGAAGGACAUUAACGAAUGUACUGACUUCCCGGGUAUUUGCCAAAAUGGAAGAUGCAGGAACACCAUUGGUGGAUACAGCUGCAAGUGCAACAAAGGAUACGAUUAUGAUGACAACAAGGUGAAGUGUAUAGAUAUUGAUGAGUGUAAUUUGACAACUGAAAACGUUUGUGGAAAUGGUGUAUGUAAAAACGUUCCAGGGGAUUUCGUUUGUGAAUGUAACGAGGGAUAUAGGACAAUGGCUCCCAUGCAAAUUUGUAUGGAUAUCGAUGAAUGCGAAGAGAUUCCUGGAGUUUGUCGAGGUGGACGAUGUCUCAAUUCUGAAGGAUCUUAUAGAUGUGAAUGUCCACCAGGCCACGAACUUUCACCAGACAAACAAUCCUGUAAAGAUAUCGAUGAAUGUUCCAGGUCGAGUGGAAUUUGUUCCAAUGGUGUGUGCGAAAACAUGAUGGGAACUUACCAGUGCAUCUGUAACGAAGGAUAUAGGCAGACUGGACAAAAGUCACAUUGCGAAGAUAUUGACGAAUGUGAUGAGGAACCAUGCGAUGACAUAUGUGUCAACAUUCCAGGAAGCUUUUCAUGUACAUGCGGUAAUGGAUACACUCUUAACACGGACGGAAAAUCCUGUGCAGAUAUCGAUGAAUGCAAGGAAAACCCAAGAAUUUGUAACGGUGGACGAUGUACAAAUACUAUUGGUAGCUACAUAUGCCAUUGCACUGAAGGUUUGAUACCUGGACCUAGUGGAACUUCGUGUAUUGAUAUCGAUGAAUGCAAACAACGUCCAAACAUUUGUGGAGCUGGUGAGUGUAUUAACACUCUUGGAUCGUUCCACUGUAGAUGUGAAGAGGGUUAUUCAGUGAAACCUGAAGGAGGCCCUCAGUGUACUGAUGAAGAUGAAUGUUAUUUAGGAACCUACAACUGUGAUGAAAAUUCUGACUGUAUUAACAACCCCGGUUCCUACCAAUGCCGUUGUCAAGAUGGUUUCACUGGAAAUGGACUCCAUUGCCGAGACGUCAAUGAAUGUUUAACCAAUAAUGGUGGAUGCGAUCAAAAUGCACAAUGCAUAAACAACGAUGGUUCGUUCAGAUGUGAAUGUGACGCAGGCUUCAAAGGUGACGGCUACGCAUGCAGCGACAUCGACGAAUGCUCCAACGAUCCCACUCUUUGCGAAAACGGCCAAUGUGUCAACUAUCCAGGAUCAUUCAGAUGCGAGUGUGAGAUGGGCUUCAUGCACCCACAAGAAGGAAACGAGCAGUCCUGUGUCGAUAUCAACGAAUGCGACAUGUUCAACAACCUUUGCGUUUUCGGAAAAUGUGAAAACACCUUUGGCUUCUUCCGUUGUGAGUGUAACGACGGCUACAAACUUGACAGCUCUGGUGGCAACUGUACCGAUAUAGACGAGUGUGAAAGUCCACAAUCUUGUCUCUAUGGAGAGUGUACCAACACCGAUGGCAGCUUUAAAUGUAUUUGUCCACCACACCACGAUUUAGUAUCAGAAGGGAACGCUUGUAUAGAUAGAAGAACGUCACGAUGUUUCCUUAAAGUAGACGGGCCUGGUAGAUGUUCUGCACCAACAGCCGAUUACGUUACCAAAGCAUCUUGUUGUUGUUCAGUGGGACAAGGUUGGGGACCGAGCUGUGAUCUUUGCCCUCAUCCAGACAGUCAGGAGUACCAGCAGUUGUGCCCUGGAGGAAUGGGUUAUAAACCAAAUGAUAUAACAGUUGUUCUUGAAGAUAUAAACGAAUGCGAGGAACACAAAAACAUUUGUCAAAACGGCCAUUGCACGAAUACAUUCGGCAGCUUCAUGUGCUCCUGUAAUGAGGGAUACCGGCUAGAUCCAACUGGUUUCCAGUGCAUCGAUGUGAACGAAUGCUUCGAAAAUCCAAGCAUUUGUAACGUGGGAGAAUGUGUCAACGAACCUGGCAAAUACUACUGUCAGUGUCCUGAAGGAUACAUGCCAAUGCCUGGUCGACGUGAAUGUGUUGAUAUGCGCAAAGACCUCUGUUUCCUCAACUACAGCAGGUGGAGGUGCUCUACACCUAUGACACAAAAUCAGACGAGGAAACUCUGCUGUUGUUCCAUGGGUCAAGCUUGGGGUCAACCUUGCGAACCUUGUCCAAUUGCUGGCACCAGUGAGCACGUGAGCUUAUGUGGCGUCCGUCCUGGGCAAAUAGUAAAUCCUAUUACCAAUGAGACAAUGGAGAUUGAUGAGUGCGAAUUAAUGCCAUCUAUGUGCAAACAUGGACAAUGCAUUAACACACCUGGAAGUUUUGAAUGCAUGUGCAACAGAGGUUACAUCUACGACGAAAACUCCCACCAAUGUAUCGACGACAACGAAUGUUUGAGGAAUCCUUGCGAAGGGAAUGCCCAAUGUCUCAAUCUUCCUGGUAACUUCGAAUGCAAGUGUCCCGCAGGGUAUAAACACGGCUCUACAUUCAUGGAUUGUGUGGAUAUUGAUGAGUGUUUGGAAAAGCCACACAUUUGUCAGAAUGGCGAAUGUAAAAACUUGGAAGGAAGCUUCCAGUGUAUUUGCCCUACUGGAUAUCUGUUGACUUCUGAUAGGGAUACUUGCCUAGACAUCGAUGAAUGCCAGCGCCAUCCAAAUAUUUGCAACAACGGCAGUUGUAUUAACAUGGUCGGCCACUACAAAUGCCAUUGCAACCAAGGCUUUAAACUAAGCAACAAUAACGACUGCGUAGAUAUAGAUGAGUGCCAUAUGAUGCCGUUCUUAUGUCGGAACGGAAGAUGCAGAAACACAUUAGGAUCUUUCUACUGCGAGUGUGCUAGUGGAUACGUUUUGACGCACGACAAACAUAACUGUAGGGAUAUCGAUGAAUGCCAAGAAACUCCUGGAGCAUGUCCACCUCCUGGAAGGUGUACAAACGUUAUGGGAUCGUUCGUGUGCAGCUGCCCUGAAGGAUAUGAACUCAGCACUGUGACUGGAAUUUGCGAAGAUAUUGAUGAAUGUGUGGUCAAUGUUGGCAUAUGCGAAAAUGGCAUCUGCACAAAUACAGAUGGUGGGGCGUUUUGUACGUGUCAAGAAGGAUUUAUACUGGAUCAGGCUACAAUGAAAUGUAUAGAUGUCAGACAAGAGCAAUGCUACGACGUUUUCAAUCGUGGUCAGUGUUCAGAUCCCAGAGGUAUGAGUAUUACUGCCAAAGAAUGCUGUUGUUCCAAAGGAGCAGCUUGGGGAAGAUAUUGCGAAAGAUGUCCUCCUGAAGGUUCCGUUGAUUUCUUGAAGAUGUGUCCAGAAGGUCCAGGCAGAAUGGACACUGGCAGUGAUCUUAACGAAUGUGAGCUGAUGCCGAACGUCUGCGAUGGAGGUGAGUGCGUCAACACUGAUGGUUCCUUUAGAUGUGAUUGUCCUGCUGGCUACGUAUUAGAUUCCACGGGCAAAAAAUGUGUUGAUGACAAUGAGUGUGUAUCAUCUCCAAGCGUCUGUGGUAACGGUACGUGCAGUAAUGUGGAGGGUGGAUUUGAGUGUAACUGUAGUAAUGGAUUUGCUCCAGGACCAUUACAGGUGUGUGAAGAUGUAAACGAAUGUCACGAAAUAGGAAACCAAUGUGCAUUCAGAUGCCAUAACGUCCCAGGAUCGUUCAGAUGCAUCUGUCCUUAUGGUUAUGCCUUAGCACCUGACGGCAGACACUGCACAGAUGUCGAUGAAUGUAGUACUCCCGCUAACAACUGCAAAUUCAUGUGUAAAAACCUGAUAGGAACAUUCAUGUGUAUUUGCCCUGUAGGAUAUAGUCAAGUCGCUCUAACCGAUGAUUGCAUCGACAUAAAUGAAUGUGAAGAUGAAGAUGUUUGUAGUAAUGGAAAAUGCAUUAAUCUGCAAGGUAGCUUUAGAUGUGACUGUGAGGAUGGCUUUGAGCCUAGUCAAGACGGCAAACGAUGUGUAGAUAGAAGACAAGGCAUGUGCUACAGACAACUCAUCAACGGUAGAUGCAGAGCUCCCUACAACGAAUUGAAGCUGUCGACAAUGGCCGACUGCUGUUGUUCCAUGGGAGAAGCUUGGGGUCCUCACUGCGACCUAUGUCCAUCUAGAUAUACACCACAAUAUCAGGAAUUGUGCUUAGAUAGCGGAUUCUUAGUAGACGGAAAAGAUGUAAAUGAAUGUGAAACUAUCCCAGAUUUGUGUAAAAAUGGAGAAUGUAUCAAUACUUUGGGAUCCUAUAGAUGUAUUUGCAAUAAAGGCUACAGACCAGAUCCAUCAGGACUAUAUUGUUAUGACAUCAACGAAUGCUAUACCAACACGUCCCAUUGCCAAUACCAUUGCCAUAAUACCGAAGGUAGUUACACUUGUUCGUGUCCACCUGGAUUCUUACUUAAUCCCGAUGGUAUGACCUGUAGAGACUUGGACGAAUGCAGCACAGGACAAAAUAUUUGCCAACAGAAUUGCAUCAACACAGAAGGAAGUUACAAGUGUUCUUGUGACGAUGGAUAUAAUCAAGUGGGUGAUAAUUGCCAAGAUAUUAAUGAAUGUGAAGAACCUGGUGUCUGUCCAAAACCAGGAAGAUGUGUAAAUACAUUGGGAAGCUUCAAAUGCAUCUGCCCAAGGCGAUUCAAGUUGGACCAGAGUGGAACAUUCUGCGUUGAUAUUGACGAAUGUGCGGAUGAUACCAAAUGUCAAGAAGGGUGUCAAAACUUAGUAGCAGGAUACAGAUGUGGUUGUCCUCAAGGGUAUGCACAACAUCCUUAUUCCAACCAAUGUGUCGAUGAAAACGAGUGCCAAAAUAAUCCAUGUGGAGGUAGUGGAAACUGUUUCAAUACUCCCGGCAGCUACAGAUGUGGAUGUCCAGAAGGAUACCAGUUUGAUAUGGGACUCAAUAUCUGCAUACAGGUCAGUCCUAGCUGUUCAGGUGCCCCAUGUGCCUUUGGAUGUAAUAGCAGAGGACCAGGUUAUACCUGCGGUUGUCCCCAUGGAUAUCAACGAAUCGGCCAAGGUCACUGUCUAUCAACCAUCACACCAGUUUAUUCGGGAUACGGUCAAGACAUCGGAGAUGUGCCUGUCUACCCUAUCGAAGAUGAAUACUCAGGAUCUAAGGAUAAAUUGAUCACUACAGAAGGAUGCUUCUCUUGCAAAAUCAACGGCAGGCAUAGACGAGCUUCCAGACGUCGAAGAUUAGCUAGAGCAUCACACAACGAAACCAUUUCAGAACUCUUCAAAACGGAACCAGCCAGGAGAAGGGUCAGAAGGCAUAAACACGAUGAGGUCGAAGAGUCUUUGGAAAUUAAAUUGAAUAUAUCUCAAACAAGACAUAGGACUAGAAUUAUAAAACUGCAACCUGCUGUUAAGACUGAAAUGAUCUACAAAAUAGUGAAAGGUAACGAAGAAAAGAAAUUCGAGCUCAUCAAAAAACACGGAGUUUGGGCACUACACUUCCGGAAACGACUAAAACAACCCGGAGAAUUCGAGCUGAUCAUCCAUGGCAGACCCCAGACAGUCAUUCUGGAAGCCGAGUCGUACGACAAACCCCUAACACUCAAAGUCAAAAUUGUUGUGACGGAAGAUUAGAAUGUUUUUAUUUUUAGUUAUACAAAAGUAUACAUUUGGGAGAUUUUUCCAUUUUGCUGAUAUUAAAGUGAUAUUAUUAUCUUUUGAGUCAGGACUUUGGUAAGGUAUUUAAACAGAAAUAAUAAAAUAGUAAAGAGGUAAAAUUUAUUAUGGAAGUCCACAAUACAUACUAUAUUUGUUAAAGAAAUAUUUUUGUUGAAAAUAUCUUGUAAUAUUUGAAAUGGGAAAUCUGUAUUUUUUAUUUAACUUACUUUUAUCUUUAGCAUUUUCAUUCUUUUUUACUUUUAAUUUUACAGAUGUUGCAGUUUUCUAACUUUAAUUCUAUUUAAAACCUUCUAUUUAAUUCUAUUUAUUCUAAUUUUUCUCAACACCUUCACAUUCGUGACUAUCCACACAAUUUAUUCUUAAUAUCCUUCUUUAGCCCAUAACUCGAAGGCUUUUAAGCUGUCCGAAACAUAUUUCUUUAAUGUCCAAGCCUCCAACCCAUAAAAUAUAUUACUUACUGAGAACACGUUGCAUCUCAAAAGUCUUAUCUUUAAAUAAAUUGUAAUAUCCUUAUCCUAGCUGCAGAAUACUUUUUUCAGUUCGUUUUUGCUAUAAUCUCUUCUGUACUCCCAUAAUCUUAAAUACUGACAUGCGUUACGUAAUAUCGCAAGAAAAUUUUACGUCGACGCAGCUCAAAGACUAAAACUGCAUGCUAAAACUACAGCAGUUGAGAGCAGGUACAAUUACACAACACUUGAAGAUAUACGUUCUAGGAAUCUUUUAUAAAACACAUUUUACAACAAAAUUUAUUUUCGGUGCGGUAUGGUAUACCACUUCUUGUCAGCAGUACCGGCGCUAGGGUAUAAGACGCCUGCCUGCGACACUAGUAUAGGCGCCCUUCGGUUGUUUUAAUUGGUAUUUUGUAUAGCACCAGCAGGAAAAAAAGCUCAGUUUUGCGCCCCCCAAACAGGGGCGCCCGCCUGCAGUGCAUCCCUUGCAGGCCCGUUAUCGCCGGCCCUGCUUGUCAGUGGUUAUACGAUUUUGCUCCCUCUUUAGUGGUAUUUGUGGACCAAUGAUUUUAAGCUUGUUACUGAAGGGUAGCUAUAUACAUACUAUAAAAUAUAUAUUAUAUCUCAUGUAAUACAUCUCACAUCGCUCACUGUAGUAAUGAGUGAGCCUGUAUACACGGAACUAUGCAGACUCACUCAUUAUUAUAGUGAGCGAUAUGAGAUGUAAUAAUAUAAUAUAUUAUAUAUAAUAUAAUAUAAAAUAUAAUAUAUUGAAAUAUAAUAUAUACAUAUAUUAUUGCUCUCCAUCAAUAGGUAAUAAGUUUUACUUCCAGUCUUCAUUCAAAUGUGGUUCUGAGAUAUUUAAAAUUGGCAUGUCCGAUAAUUAAUAAAAAAUAUGUCCAGAUCUUUAAUUUUCCUUUACAGUGUGCUCCAGCUCCAUCUUUGGACUACUAGCUAAAAUAUAAAUAGAGUAAAGUGAAAACGUCAAUUAUUCGCCAAUCUGCCUUGCUAUAAAAAAAAUCUUGCUUGUUAGAAAUCUGUAAUUCAAGCGUCGGUGAGGCGCAAUUCUUCGAAUCGCAAUUCAUCUAAACACAUGUCAUAUACACCCAAAUCGUAUACAGCCAUAUGAAUAAGGUAGAGCUAAAGUUCUUAUGGAAAUCCAAGGUUGCCAGUUGAUCUUGAGAAAACUGUCAUCUGUCAUUAGUGUCAUUUAUGAAAAGUGAUUUAUUUUUUAUUUUUUGCUUGCCUUGUUUUCUGUUUUGUUACCCUUGCCAGUGUAUUUUAUUUUAGUUGCUUUUUGAGUUUUUUUAUUAAGGGUUUAGGCGCAAAAUUUCGGCUCCAAUGCUUUUUAAAUGCAUUAAUUUUUUGCGAAUACUGAGAAAACUAAUAAAUAUUGUUGAAAAUUUUAAACACAGAAUGAAAGAUUACAUUAUUACCGAGGGCUGAAAGUCCCUUAGAAUAAAUAAAUUUUUUUAAUGAGAUACAUUAAGUAUUUAAAAUUAAAAAUCACAUUUUCUGUUUUUUUUUCACAACUGUAACUUAUUAAAAUAAACAUUAUGGAAGUUUUCAGGGACUUUCGGCCCUCGGUGAUAACGUAAUCUUUCAUUCUGCCCUUAAAUUUUUCAAAAAUACUUAUUAGUUUUCUCAGAAUUAAAAAAAAUGAAUGCAUUUAAAAAGCAUUAGAGACGAAAUUUUGCGCCUACGCCCUUAAUGGCAUAGACAUUAGUCAUUCAGUCAGUUGUAAUAACAAAUAUACAAUCCUAUCCUUAAUACAAUACAAUAAUAAUAAUCCCAUACAAUACUGGUACAAUAAAGGACAGUAAAAUGGAUAUCGGAUAAGAUGUACAUUUAGGAUAAAAAAAGGAUUCAAAUCUAAACUGAAAUGAUAAAAAAUUUCAUGCUCGCAUACAAAUCUUAUGGAAAUGUGCAUGUGUCUGACAAGAAAUCUAUAAUUUAUAUUUUUGUUGUGAGCCCGUAGCCAGCAGACUGGAUAUUGAAUGGUGCAUGUAUAUUAAGUUUGAUUAAAUUUUUAUAGAGGCAGUUUAAAUGCUGUUAAAACUUAGUGCCUAUACAUUCAAAAAAGAUAUGAUCAAGAUCACCCUGUUUCCUGCAAUGUUUGCAAUUAUCGUCUUCAAUUACAUUUAUUUUAAAUAAAUGAGUUACCUAUAUUGCUUUUUGAGUUAUAUUUCAGGUAUUAAGAGUAACUAGGUUUUUUAUAUAAAAAAAUUUAGAUGAAGUCUAAGACGAAGACGAAAUUUAGGAUGAAGUCUCUGACAAUAUUAGAAUAGCUCGCUUUGGAAAGAAAAAUAAAAAUGGGCACCAUCCAUUUAAAGUGUUCUUAUCUUCAACUGAAAAUGUUCAGACAGCAGACAUGCAGUUCUUAAACAGAAACACAUUGACCAUGCUAAAACCAUCUUUAUCAGCAUUGAUCAGACCCCUAAUAAAGGGAAGGUACUUGAAUCUGUAUAUCAAAUUUGAGCUUUUGUCUCCUCAGGAAGCAGGGGACAGAACCUGUCGAUACGGUAUUAUAAUAUCCCAAAGGUAAUUCAAAAAACCUCUAAGCCACAAUGACUUGGGCAAGCUCUCCAUUUUUAUUGAAAAUGGUAGAGGACUUCGGACUAAAUUAACAACUCUGACUCUAAAUGUUUCUAACAGCUACUUUGAUGUGAUCAUAUUUACUGAAACAUGGUUAACACCUGAUACAAGCGAUGCUGAAAUUGGUUUAUUUAAUUACGAUAUCUACAGCAUCUAGCGAUGCUAAAAUUGGUUUAUUUAAUUACGAUAUCUACACACAAGACCUGACACAAGAAUCCAUUAAUUUCGACAGUGGAGGUGGUGUUUUAAUAGCUGUUAAAGAAGUUUUAUCCCAUCAGAUGUUUCUGCUGGACAGGUGUUUGUUCAAAUGAACAACAAAAAUCAUAUUGACACCAAAUGAGGAUGCUAUAAUGGUACAUAGACUUUUUUAUAAAAAAUGAAUGCAUUGAGAAGAAAAUUGAAAUAAUAAGACUUGCUUCAGCAAGUGUAAACAUUGAAAGAACUAUACAAUGGCUAAAAUCUUUAAAAAUCAAAGUACAAGUUACUUUAUUCCUAUUAAAUAGUUUCCUUAUAUGAACUUAUAUAAAUAUUAUUUGAGGUAUUGUUAAUCUUUUUAUAACAAUACUUAGUAAUGAUAAAAAUUAAUUUAUGUGUACAGUAGAACCCUGAUUGUCCGUGCUCCUCGGGGUCAGAUGUGGCAUGGAUAAUUGAAAUUUAUUUCUUAUAUAAUAAUAUAAUACAUAUAUACGUAUAUACAUACAUAUGUACCUACCAUAAAAAGAUAAUAGAAAAAAUGAAUCUUUCAUUACGAGUCUUCUUCUUGGCUUAUAGAGUUUCCGUCGAGUGAAUUAAGGUGACGCUAUUUUGAUAAAACCUCAAAAAUGCAACUUCAGUAUUAGAAAACCAUAGCACGGAUAAUCAGGGUUCUACUGUAUAUAUUAUCUGAAUUCACAGAUGAUAUGAGUGUAGUCAAGUGUGAAUAUUCUUUUCAAGUAAAAGUACCUAUAAGAAAUAAAACAAUCUUUUAAAACAAGUUUUUUACUUAUAUAAUUGGAAUAAAACUGAUAAUACAUUGUAAAAAUAUACCUCUACCAAAAUUUUUAACAUUUCUUGUAUAAAUUCUACAUCAAAUGGUACUUUAAUAAGAAGUGUGGACUUAUCAAAUGGACAAAAAACUACAAAAUAACAUAUUUGUAGUCCUGUAAGUAGCAAUUGCACUUGUCCAUAAAUACAUAUGAUUUUUCUUUAACAUAAUAUUGUUUUCCCUCAAUUAUGCAUAAAUAUUUAAGGUCACGUAAAAUUGAUUGCACAGAUUUUGUUUUACCUGCCAGAGGACAGUUUAUUUCUAGACAUUUUCCGGAAACAAUUCCAUUGACACUGCCAGUCAUACUUAGAGUUAUUUUUUCAUACAUAUUUAAAGCAACUGAUUCAUAAUUUUUUCCCACGGAAGGGUACAGGAUUUUCUUUAAAAUUGGAAUUAUACAAUUGGUUGACUUUAAGUGGCCAACUUAGGCUUUUAUUUUUAUCAUAAGUAAAUAAAUGGCAAUAAAUUGUCCCAGUUACUUGCAGUCACGUCAGCUUUUUUCAUGCUUCUCCAGUUUGGUUUAGCAUAGCUAAAGAUAUUUCAACAGAGUUACUGCAGCUUACUUCAACAUUAUUUGAGUAAAAUAGAGCUUAAUCAUAAUUUAGUACAAUAUCAGUAGCCCAUUUAUCAGCAGACUGGUAGGACUUUAUUGUUGACUAUGUUGUAUUAUUGUUUUUGAAAUUAUCCCCACUGUUGUUUGAUGUCUGUGGUGCUUAAUUUUUUCAAAUUUUCCAUGGUAUGCCUGUAAGCAAUAAAAAAGAAUUAUAAACAAAGUUGCAGCGAAAUGGUUCUUUUAUCAAACCAUUAUGUAAUCACUUAUCGAAAAAUAUAUAGUAAUGUGCCAAUUAUAUGUUUGCAUUUACCUGAAUUUCCAGCUUUACAUGUACAAUUACAUAGGUACAAACAUUUUUAAUAUCAAUCAUUUCAAUUUAAAAUUAUAAUGGUUUUUGGUGGGGUUGUCCUUUCAAAUUGCCCGUUUGAAGGCACAAUCACUGCGGUUUUCCCACUAGAUGAUAAUAUUUCACAAGUAAUAAUACGGUUGGAAUCUAAAAUUGCUUUCCUUUCUACUAACUACUAAGGUUCUUUUUCUUUUAAAAUGUGUUUAAAAUACCCUUAUCCUAUCAAAAGUUGUCAACAACAUAACCAAACAUAACAAAGCUCAUCAGACAAUGACAAUUGACAGUAAUUGAUAGACGUCUCUUCUCAUAUUUGAAGAUGUGGCAACAAUGGAUUUCCAUAAGAACUUUAGCUCUUCCUUAUGAAUAUACUUUGACAGGAUUUGCUUGACAGUAUCCGCUGGGUGGAUUGACAUGGAGGGGUUAUGACAUGUAGACAGUGCUUCUCAUGUGGCAUAAUUUGUAAGCCGUCCCCCACUGGCGAUAAAUUCAGUUUGCUUGUUCUUCACUAUAUUUUCUUGCCUUAGUAAUGAAAUUCUAAUUAUGCAGAUAAUUUCAUCCCUUUUAGGUAGCUAUUUGCUUAAAUUGGGUAUUUUUGUCAACAAAUAAAAAAAAGUAUUUUGGGCGACAUUUACAGGCACAUUUGCUUUACAAAUUUGAGAUAAUUUGGCGGCGUCCGUAGAUAUUAAAAAGGUGGCCGCCAAUACAAGCUGAUAAAAUAGGGGGAUUCUACAUAUAUAUUCGGUUUGGGAAAUUUUGAAACUGUUCCUUAGUACAGGUGACUAUUGACGCAGAUUUUACUAUAUGGUCCAAGAGCUGUGAGACAUUUUUGAGUAGGUAUUUUAGGCAAGCUGAAAAUUUUUCAGGUGACUUUUCCAUGAUAGCCUAAUACAAAAAUGCCGGUCUGGCUGGAGGGUAGCGGUUAUUUUCCCCAAAAAUCCCCCCCAUAUUUAAAAAAAAAAGUGUAAAAAUAAUUGUUAUUACAAAAAAUAUCAUUGACGUGACUUUAAAGUAAAUUGAAAUAUUCAAAUAUUAAGAAAAUAAACAAGCCAUGCGAUUUGAAGGCGAUUUUAACUCUGCAAGAUACUUGCAUGGGCGUCCCAGGAUUAUUUUCAGGGGAUGCAUCUGAACUUCAGAAGAUUUCAUCUGAAUCUGUACAUACUAUUAACGAGUAUAAAAUAUACAACUAUAAAUGCAUAGCUAUGUAUAUUCCUUCUGAACAGGGAGGUGCAAUUGUUAUUUUGACAGGGUAUUUUUUAAUAUUAAAAAUAAUUAUUCUAAAAAAGGCAGGUUUUUUGGUGAAAUUUUCCAACUGCCAUGUGAUCAAACAAAUUACGCGUUCAUAUAAAUGAAUACCGCUAUAGGUAAGCAGUAGUGUGAGAAAGAGCGUAUACCGAUAGCUGUUUGCGUCCUCUGUUCUAGCGGAGUGAGUCCGUUCGCUCGAGAAAAAUCACGUGACCUGGCGAUACCCAUGUUGUGCCUCGAAACGUUAGAGCAAUUAUUAUAUAUUAUAGUUUUUGAAGUAAGUUUUUCUUAAUUAAAGGAAAAUAAUACGUACUAUACAAUAGAUUUUGCAAAUAUGAUAGGAAAAGACAAAUUUAUUAUUAUAAAUAUAUAGGUAGAAAAGUAUAAAACUAUAAACUAAAUAAAUUCUGUGUCCGAAUCUUGUACUUCUUCUUCAAACUCCUCAUCUGGGCUUAAAUAUUCAUUCUCUUCUUCUUCGUCAGACUCCCCUCGAAACUCAGAUUCUUCUUCUACAUGAUCUGUAAAUAGUUGUAAUAUGCAUUUAGAAUUUAUUAGAAAUUAAUUAGUGAUUAAUUAGUUGAGUUGCUACGUAUUCUCUCUCAUUUUGUACGGAGUCGAAGCCUGCACAACCACGGGCGCCUCUGAAGAAAGACUUGCCAUUGUUGAGAUGUGGUGUUAUCGAUAAUGUAAAAAAAAUCAUGGACACAACACGUAACAAACACGGAAACAUUAAGAAAGAUUAAAAUGGCAAAAGAAAUACUCAACACUAUGAAGGAAAAAAUGAGCUACUUUGGUCAUAUACUAAGAAAUAAAAAACCUGAUGUGAUUGGUUAUAUAAGGAAAAGUAUUAAGUAUUGGUUAUAUAUUAAGUAUUGGUUCUAUAAGUAAGAAUACGUAGCAACUCAAUUAAUUAAUCACUAAUAAUUUUUUAAUUAACUCUAAAUACAUAUUAUAACUAUUUACAGAUUAGGUAGAAGAGGAAUCUGAGUCUUGAGGGGAGUCUGACGAAGAAAAAGAGAAUUAAUAUUUAAGCUCAGAUAAGGAGUUUGAAGAAGAAGUACAAGACGCAGAAUUAAUUUAGUUUAUAGUUUUAUACUUUUCUACCUAUAUAUUUAUAAUGAUACAUUUGUUUUUUUUUCUAUCAUAUUUGCAAAAUCUACAGUGAUGAGCGCGCUAAUAACCGUCAAAAUCGCUCAAAAGAUGGAAAACAUAAUACAUUGCGAAACAAAAAGAGACGAAACUCUUUUUGUUUCGCAAUGUGUUAUGUUUUCAAUCUUUUGAGCUAUUUUUCCGGUUAUUAGCUUGCUCAUCACUGUAUUGUAUAGUAUGUAUUAUGUUCCUUUAAUUAAGAAAAAGUUACAACAACAUGGUUAUCGCCAGCAGGUCACGUGAUUUUUCUCGAGCGAACGGACUCGCUCAGUUACAACAGAGGACGCAAACAGCUAUAGGUAUACGCUCUUUCUCACACUGGUACUUGCCUAUAGCGCUUUUCAUUUAUAUGCACGCGUAAUUUGUUUGAUCACAUGGCAGUUGGAAAAUUUCACCAAAAAAGCCUGUCUUUUUUAGAAUAUUUAUUUUUAAUAUUAAAAAAUACCCUAUCAAAAUAACAAUUGCACCUCCCUGUCUGGAAGGAAUGUACAUAGCUGUGCAUGUAUAGUUGUAUAUUUUAUACUCAUUAAUAGUAUGUACAGAUUCAGAUGAAAUGUUCUGAAGUUCAGAUGCAUCCCCUGAAAAUAAUCCUGGGACGCCCAUGCAAGUAUCUUGCAGAGUUACAAUCGCCCUCAAAUCGCCUGGCCUGUUUAUUUUCUUUAUAUUUGAAUAUUUAAAUUUACUUUAAAGUCACGUCAAUGAUAUUUUUUGUAAUAACAAUUUUUGCCCUUUUUUUUUAGCUUUGGGGGGGAUUUUUGGGGAAAAUAACCGCUACCCUCCAGCCAGACCGGCAUUUUUGUAUUAGGCUAUCAUGGAAAAGUCACCUGAAAAAUUUUCAGGUUGCCUAAAAUACCUACUCAAAAAUGUCUCACAGCUCUUAUACUAAUAUGGUAAUACCGUUGAUUGAAAUAUUACACUGGCAUUAAAUGGAAAUAUUACACUGACAUAUUAUUACCAGUGUAAUGUGUCAAUCAACGGUAAUACAUAAUAUAUUAUAAUUUUGUUUCUGUUUAUAUACUUUACCAAGAACCAAUCGAAAUAUAUUUUUUUAAUUAUCCAUUUUGUGAUAAUACAUCAUUGCCAUACUAACACAAUAUCACUGCCAAAAUUAAAAAGUGUGUUCUUCUUCUCAUAACAUAAUUUCCAACUCUUACUGCCAAAUAAAACCUGUAAAAUGGUUUUCAACGCUGCAUUUAAUGUUUAUUUAGAAUUACCUACUUAUUGUGUAUAUCCCAAUCUUCAUAUUUUUAAUACUUAAAGAACAAACCAAAAUUCGAGAAAUACGAGGGUUAUUCGUGAAAAAAGGUUCCCUACGCCCCUGAGACAGAAUGUGAUGUACUGGGAGAAAUAUGGAAACACUGUCUUACGCAUCAACUCUCACUCUCUCACGCCCCACCACUUAAGCCGCCCUGCAUUGCUCAGUGUCGGCCUAGCAGCCUUCGAGGAUGGAGCUUCCGAUUGCUGUAACUUUAAGACGGUGUUGCCAGAUUUGUCGGAGUAGGUCGCAUUUUUUCUCAAUGGCGUAGGGAACUUUUGUUUACGGAUGACCCUCCUAGUUGUUAAAGUAUUAAUAGACUACUUUUGUUGAAUAAGAAUUUGUAAGUCAUGUAGGAAAAUUUAUAUUUAUGGAUUUAUUUAAGUAUUUAAUUAGUUACCUUUAGAUAUUGUUUCUAAUGAUCUGUAAUAUAUUUUGCUUUCAUAUAAAAUGUUCAUAAUAAA